GCUGCCGCGGCCGCCGCGGGUGUAGCGCCCGAGCCUGCUGCGGGAGGCGGCUGAACAAAGCUCAGGCUCAAUUGUGCUUCCUGCCUGUCAGCCUCUUGCUCCCAACGCCUACCAUUUCCACUUGAUGUCAUCACGCAGAAGGGGGUGAAAGGGACUCGGUGACAGAUUCAGAAACUGAUUGCUAGAUGCCUGUGAGCCCCUGACAACCUCAAGGCUUUGGAAAGAAGGAAGGCCUGGAAGCAGGGCUCCUGAGAACAAGCUCCUCCCCGGUGGCCUUGGCAUUUCAACUCUUGGUCCAGGAUGGAGACCCUCUCCCAAGAUUCUUUGCUGGAAUGUCAGAUCUGUUUCAAUUAUUACAGCCCGCGGCGAAGGCCCAAGUUGCUGGAUUGCAAACACACCUGCUGCUCGGUGUGCCUGCAGCAGAUGAGGACGAGCCAGAAGGAUGUGCGGUGCCCCUGGUGCCGGGGCAUCACCAAGCUGCCCCCAGGCUUCUCCGUGUCGCAGCUCCCCGAUGACCCCGAGGUCCUGUCUGUCAUCGCCAUCCCUCACGCCUCCGAACACACCCCCGUCUUCAUCAAACUUCCCAGCAAUGGGUGCUACAUGCUGCCCCUGCCCAUCUCCAAGGAACGAGCGCUGCUGCCUGGAGACAUGGGUUGCCGCCUGCUGCCUGGGAGCCAGCAGAAGUCUGUCACCGUGGUGACCAUUCCCGCCGAACAGCAGCCUCUGCAAGGUGGGGCUCCCCCAGAGGUGGCAGAGGAGGAGCCAGACAGGCGGGGCGUGGUGAAAAGCUCCACCUGGUCCGGGGUGUGCACUGUGAUCCUGGUGGCCUGUGUCCUGGUCUUCCUUCUGGGCAUCGUGCUGCACAACAUGUCCUGCAUUUCUAAGCGCUUCACUGUGAUAUCCUGUGGCUGAAGGCACUGCAGGGAAGUCUCUUGUGGGUACCAACUAGGGGUUGAGCAGGUGUUGGUGAUGGGAUCACAGUGAGAAAUGGGGGUGGGGGGGGAGAGAGAUCAUUUGGUGCCAGGCACUGCCUCUGGGCUGUCACUUGAUUAACCUGAAGACAGACACGGAGGGCAGAAUGGAAAGUCUCAACACGACACCAGGCAGAUCACUCUGAGUGUUGAUGGCAACGGCUUCGAAGAUGAUUGCAUGCAUCCUCAUAAUCAUUUAUUAAAUGGACUGUAAUUUAUGAUUUUUCAAAGUCACGUUAUGAGAUAGACAUAUUCUACUUAGAUGUUAAACUGUGCAAGUACAUACAAUGUGAUCUCUCAAUGUGGUAGAUUAAAAAAAAAGAUGCUAUGUAUACAAGUAGAAUUAAACCUGAGAAUCCAUGUACAAAUUCAGCAAAGACAUGCCGUGCCGGUGGCUUUCCUUUUUACAAUGAAACCCCGUCUUCAUUUAGUUGCUAAGGCUUUUUAUACCUUUUGAAUGGCACCAAAUUAAAAUAAGUUAAACGGACAGUCAUUUUUUGAAGAAAAAUAUUUGAACAAGUGUUUCCGACGUGUUGUUUUGUCAUGUACCUUCAUUUUUCUUCCCUUGUAAUUAGAGCUCACUACGUGUUUAUUAAACUGAAAGCUCAACAGGGGAGCAAUAAACUGAGUAAUAAUGGGAAAUACCUAAUCCCGCAGGAAACCUAUAUGCCAAUUUUUCUCAAGCCAUCUCACAAAAUAAGAAUUUUAAAUGUAAAUAUUGUGUAUUUGUGUGUAUGUAUGUGUGUGUGUACACUUCGAUUCACCUCAGGUUUCGAAUCUUUUCAGAAGAUUCCUGGGGGUAAGACUUUGUGGACAGGAAUGAAUCAAGGUUCUAAAAUGGGGGACUCCUCGUGGGCAGUAGGACCCAGCUCGUGAGGGGUCACAAACUCAUCGCUCCUAACACUUGCUCCUUUUCUGUGUAUUCAAGUCCUGUAUCCUGUAAGGCAUAAAUGGAGAGCAACAGAAGAUUCUAGCUUCUCUCCCAGAUUGGUGGGAGAGGUAUUGUAACAACCGUGAGUGUUGUUAACGGAUGACAAAUCCAGACGGCCAUUUUUAAUAGACCGCCAUGAUUGUGUUCUGAGAGAUGUUUCAUGAGAGUUGAACCAUUAAGAAUUCCAGUUUUCUCUUGUUGGUGUAGAUGAGCAAAUCUCUUGGAUUUUAAUAUAUAUUUUUAUUGAGAAAAGUGGCAAAUAAAUCAACAACUCAUUCCAUUUGAAAAGUUCAUCAUAAAGUUAAAAUACCCUUAAAUAUGGGGUGGUCAAUAACAAUAGUUGGGAAGAAAGACCUGCUAGUAUUAAAUGACACAUUCCCAUGCCUGGGUGUGUAUGCUUCAGAAAUAACUGAGCUUUAUAGUUCUGAUUUCUUUUAUGGAAUUCAUGAAGCAAGCAAGGACUCCAUUCAUUGAUAUUAUCUGUUGAUGUUCUACUGAAUCUAUGAAAAUCUAGGUGGGAAAGAUAAACAGGGACUAGUUCCAAAAAAUCAAGGCUAGAAAUAGCCUUGUAAGACCGAGACAAUUUAAUUUACUUAAUGGUGACUGUUCCCUUUGAGCAGCACAAAAUAUACACAUUACAGUGAUGGAAUUAAGGUGAGAUAAAACAGCAAACAAUAUAAUGAAUAGGAACCAAAGCUAGCACUGUUCAUUGGCAUGAGAAUUCUAUAUAGAAACAUGGACUUGGGUUAUCAAAUCUUUCAAAUUUGUCAUAAGUCCUUUAGGAAAUGCAUUUGAAAGCUUAAACUAGAAAUUAGGUUAAAAUGUCAUUUUAUUGCAUAAGCUAUUGGGCAUUAAACAACAAAUAAUCAGGGGUUUAUUUGGUAUUAAUAAUUUAGGUAUCAUAUUAGCUGAAUACUAUCCUCUAUUACGGAACAUAAUAUACUGUUGGGUUAACAUCAAUUUCUCAAAUUCUCCCAGGCUGCCAUAAUGCAUGUUCAACCUAAUUUCUGUUCCCCUUGGGGAAAAAACAAAACAAAACAAAAUUCUUAAUGCCACAUUUCUAAUGGACUUAACUCUUGUCAUUUUAAGCCAUGCCAUAGUCAAAUUAAUUUUGUAAAUGAUAUCAACAUACAUUUAUGUACAGUAUGAAAUGACUGGCCCUGUAGUAUAGUAUGUGAUAGAACUCUACGUGUUAAGUAGGUAUACAUAGACACUAACGUGUGAAGAUACAGCACCUGUGUUUCUUAGUGCAAAGCUAUAGAGUAAAAAUGUCCACAUAUCUUUUACUUAAAAAUAAUCCCAUGCUAGAGCUGCAACUAAGCAGUGCAAAAUUAAUGAAAAUAGUCUCGAUUUUACAACUUAAGGUGAUAACAACCAAAAUCAGAAUUUUUGUGUGCAUUUUACUGACCUAAGAAACAGUAAAUGGAUUCUGCCUGCAGUAUUUGUGCAGCUGCUUGUUAGGAUGGACAUUGUACAUAUGUGUGUGUGUGUAUGUGAUGGCUCAGCUAGAUAGAGUUUUUAUAGAUUUAAUGAUGUUUUAAUGUUACUUGGCAUCUUACUGCUCUGGCCUCUUCUGGCUUUUACCCCAUGACACUAACAACUCAGCAAGUCCAGUGACACAAAUGACCAGAAUGCACAGUUGCACAUCAUUGAAAAAAAUCAUGUCAGAAAGUUAAAGCUGAAAGCAACCUCUAGUGGCUUUGUUUUGUAGAUCAAGCUCCUGAGACCUGCAGAGGUACGCGGCUGCUUGUCAUUCUGCAGCUUAAGGAAGAUGAGAACUUUGUGCUUGGACCUCUCUACUGGUCUUUUUCAGGGGGGAUGAGUAUCCUUUACUUAUUCAACUCUCGUUUUAAGUUUUGUUUGUUACAGAUUUAUAUGUUCAUUGUAGUUAGCAUCUACCUCUAUGGGAAAUGAAAGGAGGGUUGAUUUAAGGAAGAGAAUGAACAUUGAAAGGAAACCAUGUGAUUUGAAUUUUUGAGAUUGCAAAAGCCUUGUUCCUCUUCCUCCCCUUAUGUGUAAAGGACAGUGAGUGUUGUGUAAAUAAUAAACUAUAAGAAGCAUGAAUCUUCAUUUUUGUUAAUGAUCUUGACAUGAGUGAGAGAAUGCUUAAUAUAGAGCCAAGUAUGCUAUCAAAAAGUAUUGUCUUUGGAAAAUUUUUGUACAAUAAUCUGGGGCAUAGGUUCUGUUGAAAAGGCAAAUUGGCUUCUUAUUCCAGUCAUACUUUAUUAUAAGAAAACUAUUGUUAUUUUCUUUAAGAAUAUAAUUAAAUUUAAUCUUGCACAUAAUUUAAAAGUAGGUCCCUUGCAGGUUAAAUCCUAUGCUGGUGUAGCCUUGAGAUCUUCUAGGUUGGUGCUGUUUGGUAGAACUUUCAGUGAUGAUGAAAAUGUUUUAGAACCUAUGCUGUCCAAUAGAAGCCACUAGCCACAUUGACUGAUGGAACUGGGUUUUGUAUUUUAUUUAAUUUUCAGUUAUUUAAAUUUAGUCACUCACAUCCCUAGUGGCUACAUAUUGGACAGCACAGUUCUGGAUGGUUGUGCAAUGGGAUCUAGCAUUAAAGUGUCAACAGAAUAAGGCUCAAAGACAGUUUGUGGUUUAGUAGCAUGCAGUUGGCUAAAAAAUAUUCCUUUCUGGCCUUAAAAAAGUAUAUGAUCUCAAGUAUGACAAUAAAAAUUCAUUGAUUGCCCUUUGGGGUUAUUACUUAGACUUUGGGCCAAGAAAUGAUCAGUGAAGCUUAAAGAGUGCUUUAUGAAGCCCCUUUUCUGGAUCAUUAGCUGCAUGUGAAUAUAUUGUCCAAAAAUAAUAGUUAGACAGUAGCUGUAAAACGUUUGACUUGCAAGCUAUGCAUGACCUGUACUGUGAAAUUGUGUUUAGGGUCUUGUGGCCAAAAAAGUAAAUGUUACAGAAAACAAAAAGCCUAAUGAAAUCCCUCUUCACUUCUAACAUCUUACUCAAAUGUUGCUGCAUUAGUAAGGUGUGAAAAACAAGGGCAAGCAUGUUUUGCAGUGUACCGCAGAGAGUGUUUUUAUUUGCCCUUGAAGUCAGCCAGCUUAUCAUUGUAUUCGGUGUGGGCAUAUGUCGGGGUCAUUUUUCAGAUGCCAGACUAAAACAUAGGUAUGUAGAGUGAGAUUUGGCUUGUUUUAAUCUUGCUUUGCUUUUUUUUUUAAUUUUAUUUAUCACACAAAGAAUUAAAGAUUUGAAGCCUCAUAUAAAAAGGCACUUUUUUAAAAUAAUAUUUAAAAGGAUUGCCCAUGGAGUUUAAAAGCAUGGAGGUUAUUUAAGUUACUAAAAUUGCUUUUUAAGUGAGUAAAGGGAAGCAGAAAAUUGGGUUUGAGAAAAAUUUUCACAGAAAGGUCAGACUCUUAACCGACAGUACAGUAUUUAUUUCUAUCUAGGUUUUGAUUUGAAGAAUCCCACUUCUUUACUUCAAAACCAUACUGGGUCAGAAUUUCUCAGUUCGCUUUUCAUUGUCUCCAAAUGUAAAUCAAGUACAUUUGCUUCCAACAGAAUUGGGUUGAUUUCCACACACACACACACACACACACACACACACACCCCCCCCCCGCCCCAGAACUCAUUUAUAGGCAUGACUGUUCUUUUUAGCUUGCCUUGAAUAAUUGGGUAAUUUUUUUGCCAAAACAAUAGUUAAUCUUUAGGCUUAAGAGGAAGUUAGAGGUUCGAAGAAUAGAGUGAAAUACAAAAGGUUUGAAUUUCUGUUUUCCCUUCAAACAAUGAUGCUGCCAGCCAGUGAGGAUUUUGUUUCCCCCGGGUGUCAUCAGUCAGUUGUCUUGUCUUCCUUGACCUGGAUGAAGCCCCAAUCCUCACCAUAUCCAUCAUUCUCAGUAAAACCUCAACCACAAGGUAAUCCUUACCCCAAAAAACAACAAAAAAGAAUUAGAUUGUCAGGAUAACUCGAUCACUGUCUUGAAAGUAGUAGUCUGUUACAAAAGCGAUGGAUACUGAAUAUUGUCAAACAUGAAAUGAUUUUCCAAAAUCAGUGGAAAUUCAAGCCAUUGAUUUUUCUGGACACAGCUGAGUCCCCAGCUGUAGUCUUAUGUAUCUAGAGUCCAGAUAGAUACAUAUGUUGACACACAACAUGCUUAAGCUGUAGUUGGAGUUAAAAGAUGUCAGUCUUGUUUUCCAAUUGGUGGAUUAUAUGCUGUUGAAUUUAGACAUGAAUUUCAGGUUUCAUACAUUAUGUCAGUCUAACCACCCUUGGGAGUGUAUAUAACUAAACUUCAAAUAUAUGAAGAGUGAGUGGGUUCUACUGUAGACAUUUUUACUGAAAAGCUAUUGAUCUUUGAGGAACAUAAGCAGGUGGGGCAUUUCUAUCUUCCAAAUGGCUUUUUUUUUUUCCUGCUCAAGUGGGAGAGCAUUAGUAUUCCUGAACUCUUGCAGUAUGACUCCAACUUUUUGCACAAGUUUCCUUGCACAGUCAGCCAAUGAUUUUUUUUUUUUUUUUUCAGGAUUCACUGCCUGGGGUAACCCACUAUAUAUCACUUUCAAUGUAGUGGUGCUUGAAAACACACAUCUUGUUAGCUGGACUUUAUUAUUCUAGUCUAAGGUUUUUGAUACUACUCAUAUUAUGAUCUUUUUAGGGACAAUCAGUGACAUUUGGGGCAGAUGACUGAGGGAAUCUCUUGAAGUCUGCAAAAGCAGGAAUCUUUCUUUUUCUUGGAUGUUCCCUAUAGUUGCCCCUGUUCUAGAACACCACUCUACAAUCAUCCCCAUGAGAUAGAGUGUUAGUAACUCAUGUGAAAGUCUCUGUGGCUUCCCUGAGGUGUGAGUCAUGAGGUUAUUCUAACAAGAGUUUUCCAAAGGAGUGUUCCAUUUUUAAUUUGACAUUUGCUUUUUGAGAAUCCAGAAAUAGUUGGAUAUAAUGGUGGUAAAGAUGCAGGGGCUGUUACAAAGGAAAUAGGUGAGGCAAAUGCCCCUUGAAGGGGGACAAGUUGACAUGUGUCACCCCUAUUGAAAUUGUGGGAGAACAGAGCAGCAUCUGCAUUGCCCUGUCUCAGAAAACUGGUCAGAUUUCCUGUCUGAGAGACAACCCACUGGGUUUGUCCCUCUGUGGGAGGGGUUGAGACAUGGCCUUGGUUCUGUAGCAGCAGCCAAGCAGAUGUGUCCAGAGCAUAAGAAAAUACUUGCUUAAAGGGGAAGAGUCAGCGAUGAGCUUAUAGCUCCAAGAUGCAAUGUGUGGGAGUUGCAGGUCAGUCAUGGCAGAAACCCCAGAAGAAGGAAACAGGACAACUAGGACUAGGUCUGCCAAGCACAACGUGUCAUUCCAGGGUGGCCCACCAAAUGCCAUCCAGGACGUUUGCCUUGAAGACAUAAAGAGUGUGCUCAGCUGGUGAGGAGUGUGAGGAGGCCCCUUUCGCUUGUGAGCACACUGCACACAAUUUCAGAGCCUGCUCUGGGACUGGUUACUGAGUCACUACAUAUUUAGCAUCCUCUUAACUGCAAAUUCCAUGCCUGUGCUUGACUUGUUGGGAUGGCUUGUUCCAGGAUAUUUUGGUUUCUGCCCUGAUUGCUGUUAUUGAUAUAUUUUUUAUUCCACCAAUGAUCCUGGUUGCCUCCCUUGGUAGUUGCAGGUGGGAAUCAGGUUUCAGUUGGGGUGAUCACAGACAGCCACACAACUGCUCACAGGGUUCCUGCCAUUCUGACAGCACUAUGGGUGGGGUCCCUCGCCCUCUUGAUAACUAAUACUUCAGUCAAAUGGCUAGGUUAAUGCUGCUCAGAGGCUGUUAGCUCAAGUCCUUGACAUGUUUCAUUUACAAUUAUGUGGGUUAUUUAUUUUAGGAGCUUUUCUUUUAAAGGGCUAAAUAGCCCUACAGAUAAAUGAGCUGCUGGGCUGUGUUGAAAAUAUUGUCCAAAUGUUGCCAAAUAUUGACUUUGUAAGGGGGAUAUCAAGCUGCUGUUUAUAAAUCUGAAUGUCUUAAAAGCAUUCUUGCUUGCUCUCUAUGUUGUAGAUGGUGUCUUAGCAAGUCCUGAGUUUUUCCAAUGAACCCAAUUUUAAUAUAUGGUAUUUUUGUAUGCCAAACUGGUGUCUUGUCCUUUGUAUAUGUGGUAAUGUUGAUUUUAUGACUACUGUUAAAACACAUUUGCUAUGAUUAAAAUUCAUAAAACGAUUUCACAAUAGA